CGCGGAGGUAUCAGAUCGGCCGUACGGGCUCGGCGCGAGACCGAGGCCGCGAGGGUCUCUAUAAAUGCGUGGCCAAUCGUUCAUGCCUUCCAGUCAGCCGACGGGAGGUCAAGCCUUUCCGCGGGAACGAUACGGCGCGACGAUAUCCGCGUUACACGUUCGGAAUACACGCGCCUAUACUCGGUUUUUCUCUCCCGCUGUCGCGCCUCGUCUCUUCUCCCGCGAGCUGUCUCCUCGCGAGCCGCCGCGGUCGGUCCUCCGACCGCCGGCUCGAGAUCGCCGCGAUCGCGCCGCGCGAAGCGAGAACUCGCGACCGGCGCGGGUGAAAUUAUGCCGUGGAAUGUCCCUCGGUGCGAUUGACUUUUCCUCGCGUUAGAUCGGACGGGACUUGGGUGCCGUUUGAAUUAUUGCUCCUUGGAAUGCCAGUGAGUGAGUGCUCAUCCUCUCGGCGAGGAAAAGAAAACACGGAGUGCGGCCGCGAACUACGCGGUGACGUAAUGAGCGAUUGUCGCUUAUCUAAAUGUGUGGAAUUUCAAGUUAUCGCAUUGGCGUAAGAGAGCGGAUACCGGGGCCAAUCUAUAUUGCUCCGUUAUCGAAAUGACAUCAGGAAUUUCAAUAGACUUGACCGUAACAUUGCGCGUGCUAUCUAGCUUCAAUUUGUAUUUAUCCUUCGCACAUCAAGAUUUUCUUCAUUUCGCAUAGAAGACCCGUAAAUUAGAGAUCAGACGGUGGGCUGCUGUUUGAGACUUGCGCGUUGAGCAGAGGUUGAAAAUGCUCGGCAUCGUAGCGGUCUUGCUGGACCCUUUUCUGCUUAUUGGGCUCUUCCUCGGUAGCCUGUACUUUUAUCUCACGGCCACCUUCGACUUUUGGGAAUGCCGCGGCGUACCGUUCAAAAAGCCGACCGUGCUCGUCGGGAACUUCGGCCCCCUGCUCCUGUUCCGAAAGUCGCUGCCGGAAGGCGUGAAAGAGAUGUAUCAGUGGUUCGAGGAUGAAAGGUUCUUCGGCGCGUUCCGCGUGAGAUCGCCCGUGCUGAUCGUACGCGAUCCCGAUCUGGUGAGGAGCAUAUUCGUCAAGGAUUUCCCCUGCUUCUUGAAUCGCGGGAUUCCGGUCAAUAACGAUCAGGAUCCGCUCUCCGGGCACCUGUUCAAUCUCGAAGGGCGCAAAUGGAAGGGCCUCAGGUCGAAACUCACGCCCGCGUUCUCGUCGGGCAAGCUGAAGCGGAUGUUCUACCUGCUGGUGGAGUGCAGCGAGGAGCUGCGGAGACUCAUCGGCGAGGCGAGCCGCAACGACGACCGCACGGUCGAGGUGCGGGAGCUGGCCGCCAAGUUCAUCAUCGACGUAAUCGGCAGCUGCGCCUUCGGCAUACAGAUAAACGCGCUCACCGACAACAAGUCUGAGUUUCACAGGGCGGCGAAGAUGCUCUCGAAGCCGAGUUAUAAGACCUCCCUCUGGAGGAUGCUGCGAACGGCCAUGCCGAGGUUGUACAAGCUGCUGGACGUACAGCUCGUCGAUCCGAGCGUCACGAGAUUCUUCAUGGACGUCGUGUCGCAAAUGAUCAACCAGCGGGAGAACAACGGCCGCACGACCAGGCACGACUUUAUGGACCUGCUGAUCGAGCUGAGGAACAAGGGUACUCUGGAGAACGAAGCCGGCAGCCCGACGAUCUGCAGCGACGAGGACGCCCAAGCGGCGAGGGAGACCGAAUUAGACGAGAACAGUAUCGCGGCACAAGCGUUCGUCUUCUUCGCCGCCGGCUACGAAACGUCAUCGAGCACGAUCGCGUUCUGCCUGUACGAGCUGGCCUUGAACCAGGAGAUCCAAGACAGGACCAGGCGAGAAGUACGCGACGCCAUACAGGCACGAGGCGGGAAGUUAACUUACGACGCGGUGCAGGACAUGAAGUAUCUCGACAUGGUAAUAUUAGAGACCCUGAGGAAGUAUCCGCCGGCCCCGCUGCUCUCUCGGAGAUGCGAGUACAAGUACCAGAUACCGAACAGCAGUGUGGAGCUGCCGGCCGGCAUGCGGGUCAUCAUACCGAUUUACGGCCUUCAUCACGACCCGAAUUACUAUCCCGAUCCGGCAAGAUUCAAUCCCGAGAGAUUCACGGAGGAGAAUAAACGCACGAGACACUCCUACACGUAUCUUCCAUUUGGGGAAGGGCCACGAAAUUGCAUAGGCAUGCGGUUCGCGUUGCUGCAGAUCAAGAUGGGGAUAAUAUCGUUCCUCAGGGAUCAUCGGGUCGAGAAGUGCGACAAGUCGACGGUGCCGAUCAAGUUCAGCAGACGGAGUCUCGUGACCACGAGCGAGGCCGGAUUUUGGCUCGCCAUCACCUCGUUCUCCUAGGUGCAGAUUGUAUUUUAGCAUUUCUUUGACUUUCCUUCGAGAAACCGGUGAAUGACGUUAAAAAUAGACGCGUAUAUAAACUCGCUACGAUAAUGUACUUAAUCCGUGACGGGAAAAUAGAGCGUCAGCUGUCGGCUGUUUCUUGCGAAUUCAAUCGGACAGUCACAUCAGUUCUUUUCGCUCUGCUGACAAGUCUUUGUGUCUUGGUUCCUUCUAAUUCUGACGCUUUGAGUCGAAAUCCGAUAUCUAGAGCCGUAAAAGAAUUCUCGUCGUUUGAAAAGGGAAACGAAACAAGAUCAUCGAAGCUAUCGACGAUUUAUGUUCCACCUGUAUAACUUUUGCAAUCGCGCAUUAUGGAUUUAUGCCACGCGCAUAAAUACAAUUUUUAUUGCGAUAUCUGCGAAAAAUUAUCGUAUUCAGUCAAAGAAAUAGCGAGUGAGCUGAUACACUUCUGAAUUUGCCAGAAUAAGUCAAACGUGAUUUUCUUCACUUUUCGUACAUUUCUCGAUUUUAGUACCAGAGCACACGAUUAACAACUUCGUCAAUUUUCCCUCCUUUUUGGAUACGUUCGCGGAGCGCGCUUCAAGCUUCUACUUUAUGUACACAAAUCAGAACGCUUAAAAAAUUUGCCGACAAUGUACGAUUGUACAAUGUAUAGUAUACAAUUUAUCAACUUGCAC